AUGAGCUCGUCGCUGCUCGUGCGCCUCGGGCUGCGGCAGAGCAGCCCCUGGGAGCCGCCCACGCUGCUCGACCGCCUGCUCGCCUCGCCCAUCCGCGCGGCCGCGCACUACCUCUACGCCUGGAUCGUCGGCGUGCGCGGCUGGGCCACGCGGCGGCACUUUCUGGACGCGGCCGAGGCCCGGGCCACGCCGACCAUCCGCGUCGUGUGCAUCUCGGACACGCACGACCAGAUUGUCCCGGACAUUCCGGACGGCGACCUGCUGAUCCACGCGGGCGACCUGACGGACCACGGGCGGCCGGCCGACCUCCAGGCACAGCUGGACUGGCUGGCGUCGCUGCCGCACCCGCACAAGGUGGUGGUGUGCGGCAACCACGACAGCUGGUUUGACCCGGCCGCGCGGGUGGCCAAGGGCAUGGCGGCCGACGCGCCGGGGCCCCGGUUUGCCGACAACAUGCACUACCUGCAGCACGAGGCGCGCACGCUCCAUUUUGCCAACGGGCGGUCCCUCAAGGUGUACGGCGCCGCCGACAUCCCGCGGUGCGGGCCGGACUCGUUCAGCUACCAGUACGACCGCAGCACGCCGCCCUGGCAGGGGCUGAUUCCGCCCGACGUCGACAUUCUCGUCACCCAUCCGCCUCCGCGCCACCAUCUCGACCUGGGCCUGGGCUGUGCCGGCCUGCUGGCCGAAGUCUGGCGCGUUCGUCCGCCGCUGCACGUCUUUGGACACGUGCACUGGGGCGCAGGCCGCCAGCUCGUGUUCUGGGACGAGACGCAGCGGGCGUACGAAGUGCUGACCGAGGACGGCAACGAGCUCGGGCAGCCGUUCCGGGAGGAAAGCCUGGGCAGCCGCCUGGGCUACCUCGGCCGGCUCGUGGCGGCGGCCACGAUGGCGACGGUGCUGCUGCCCGUGUGGCUGUUUGCGCCCGACAUCCUGGCGGCCGAGGGCCGGGGCGCGAGCUCGAUCCUCGUGAACGCGGGCCAAAUGUACGGCAACUCGGGCCGCCUGGGCAACAGCGUGCAGGUUGUCGACAUGUAA